AUGAAGGAUGACGCUGCGCAGAUUCGCGAGCUUGUGGCUGCGGGCGUCGACGUACUGGGUGCCAGGAAUAAGUCAAAGAUGUUCGCCAUGGAUCUGGCGCGAGAACGCGGCAAGCAGGCUGCCCUGGCCUGUCUUGAGGAGCUGGCCAAGCCAGAAGCCAGCGCCACAUAUGCCACAUCCAUUGAGCCUCCAAAGACUUCAACCCCCGCCACGGCGGACGAAGCAUCCGCGGCCAGAGGUUGGAAAGCCACAAACGCCGAUGCAAAACAGUUAGCAAUCCCUCCCACAAAAACGCUGAAAGGAGUAACCCACAGCUCUGUGGCAGCCAAAGCAGAGGACACACAGUCCGCAAAACCUGGCAGAAGCUCCGCAGUUGACUUUGCUGCUUGCGACUUCCGCACGUUGCCAGCCCAAUCUUGGCAACGCCUGCAUGAAGCGUUCAGGGCUACGUCUGUGUCAGCCAAAGCAGAGGACACACAGUCCGCAAAACCUGGCAGAAGCUCCGCAUUGACUUUGCUGCUUGCGACUUCCGCACGUUGCCAGCCCAAUCUUGGCAACGCCUGCAUGAAGCGUUCAGGGCUACGUCCAUGUCAGCCAAAGCAGAGGACACACAGCCCGCAAAACCUGGCAGAAGCUCCGCAGUUGACUUUGCUGCUUGCGACUUCCGCACGUUGCCAGCCCAAUCUUGGCAACGGCUGCAUGAAGCGUUCAGGGCUACGUCCAUGUCAGCCAAAGCAGAGGACACACAGCCCGCAAAACCUGGCAGAAGCUCCGCAGUUGACUUUGCUGCUUGCGACUUCCGCACGUUGCCAGCCCAAUCUUGGCAACGCCUGCAUGAAGCCGUUCAGGGCUACGUCUGUGUCAGCCAAAGCAGAGGACGCGCAGCUCUCUGCAGCGCAAGACAGCAUAGCGAGCGGGCAACCGGGGGCAACCGGCCCUUCCAUCUCACCUCCAUUUCAAGCUCCCAGCCGGGUUCAGGUUGACGAGAUAGACGAAGAAUCGGAAGAGUCUGAGGAGGAGACAGAUGAUGAGGUCGAGACCCAUGCCAGCCCAGAUUUGGGCCUGAGGCGAGCCUCGACGCCGACGGAGCCUUGGAGGCCUGCGCUGGCUUGGCUUUGUGCUGUUGUCAAUGAGCGCCUGCAGGCGCCCCCGCCGCCGUCACAAGCGCGGCAAAUUCGAGGGCUGCUGCCCGUAGGUGCCCUGGAUGCAGAGAAACUCUCUAUCCGCGAUCUUUGUGAUGGACAGCUUCUGUGUGCCCUGGUGAUCUCGGUGCGGCCGGAUGUUUUGCCCAAGGCAAACCCUGUGGCACUUGGACGGAUCGCACAAUUUCUCAAGGCUUGCACAGCACUUGGCGUCAACAAGGUGUCCCUGUUCUCACCGCCUGAUUUGACGCCAGAGCCGAGCAAUCCCAAUGCCGUCCUGCGCUGCCUACAGGCUUUGGCUGCUACUCUACAGGCGUCCCAAAGUUGGACGGGGCCGCGGCUGGAAGGUCUGCCUGGACGUAGAUGA